ACAGGCACCGGGCCGCUGGAUGAUGGCGUUGACGGGGCUGCUGUUGCUGGAGCUGGGUCUGUACGCCAGCUGUUUCGUCUGUGGGAUUGUUGCCGCCGCAUCCAUCACCAUCGUCCAGGGAAACUUCGGGGGUCUGUGCAUGCUGUAUGGACUGGUCAGCUACAAUGCAACCUCAAGCCUUAUUGGAGUCCAGUCAUCCAGCUCCUCGUCUCUGUGCUACUUUGUGUCAGCCAUAUCAGUCAUGGUGGCCGUGGUGUGCUUCUCGCUGUCUAUGUACUGGGUGUACACUUUCUGCAUCGACGGGGAGAUCAGAAGGGAGCGUGUGUGGAUGAACCUGACCGUGGUUGUGUGCGGCAUCUUCCUGUUCUUUCUGCUCAUCACCGGGUGCAUGCUAAAGAUCGGCCGUGACUCGCUCUGCAACUCGGUCAUACACACCGUUCCCAACAUUACCAGAUGUGAGGAGGCCCAGACUAGAAAAUGGGUCAGUCCGCUCAAAGGAGAGAGGUUCUACAACCAUCUACACAAAGCUGAGACGGCAGUGUGGGUCAACUUCUUCUUCUGGCUCAUCAUCGGGAUUCUGGUGAUCUUUCAGAAGCGCCAGAGUUCAGCGUCGAAGGUGAUUGCGGGAGGGUCCACCGGCGGGCUUUUCGGUGACCCGGGUGUGACGGCUGCAGAGACGGAGCCAUUCUUCAACCGUCCUGCAAGGCCACAGUGAGGACAGGGCGUCACAGAGGAGUUGGAUAAACACAUACAGUAGAUGUGGAAAAGGGUAAAUACAUUAAGAGCGCAGUCAUUUGUGGUUUUGUUUAUGUCAGGGUUUUACAGCACAUAGAUAUAAUAGAAACAUUACCAAUCGACGAGGAUGGGAUUCGAACCCACGCGUGCAGAACACAAUGGAUUAGCAGUCCAUCGCCUUAACCACUCGGCCACCUCGUCAGGUGCGAGGAAAAUUUUUUUUUUUAAAAACAGUCCUGCAGGGCCUGUGUGAAGCAGCCCAAUCAAAUAAUCCAAAGGCUGAACUGCUGAUGUGUGUAUCUACCCAUUUCCCACAUUUACCUCAUCUCACUUGCCAAAGCCGUUUCAAAUGUCAGACUACUGUCCCACACAGAAAUGUGGAUUUGUUCGUUCAGUUUGUUAACGCGACCAAGAAAGAGGGGAAUGUUUUCUGCCGUACAUUCAUCUUAUAUUUCACCAGUGUGCUCAGAUUUUGCACGUCUGAUGUGACUGGCAGAUGUUUCCAAAUAGCUCAGCGCCAGUGGUGAACUAAAUAUUCACAUCAGCUUGAAACAACAGGAGUAACAAGUGGAUUUUUAAUUUUCAGCAGUGAUAACUUUUACAUCUUCUUAUCUAGUCUGUGUUCACUUACAUCAGGUUCUGUGUUUGAUCUGGUUCUAAUUUUUUUUUUUUUUUUUUUUACACUAUUUCAAAGGGCUGUAUGUCAAGAUACCAAACACAUGGCUGUUUGUGGUGAUGCUACAUGACACAUGGUGUGCUACUUUUUAAAACAAUAAACCAAAGAUUUUAAAAACAACAACCU